ACGUCAGCCCUGCAGAGAGGAUGGAUAAAUAUGGCCGCCAUUAGAAAAGAAAUGAAAUGUGUGAGCGGCUCGUGUUGAACCUCAUUAGUCCAGCUUCACUCUAUAAUCCCUUUAAGUGAAGCGGCAGGUUUUUCCAGUGAGGCAACAGUUUAAUAAAAGUGUUGCAGCGUCUUUGGCAGGUUUAGUUAAACUGGGGAGUUUUUCUUCUCCAGACUCAGUUUGGUCAUGAAUUAUUUAUGAAACAUGCGUCCAGCAGGAUGAAUGAGGAUAAAAGAGCAUUUCUGCAGCUUCCUCUCACAAAUGCUAAUAACACAGACUGAUUAGCAUGAGUAGCAUCCUCCUCGCCUCUCAGCCCAGGAUGAGACACAGAACAAUCAGGUCUGGUACUCCAGCCCCUGGAGCAGAGGUCACAGAGGUCACACCAGUCGAUCUCACAGGGAGAUGUUGCACCACCCCACCUGACCACAUCAUUGUCCUAAAAACCUCUCCAGAUCUCCACCAGCGAGGGAGACCCCAUGUCUCCCUCGCUGGUCCCGGCCCAGUUCAGCCAGUACACACACUGGACUCGGUCUUGUCCUAAAGAUGCUCCGGUUUGUGGAUGAAGGUUCCCCCAUGUGAGAAACACUCCUGAAGAAUAUUGGAAGUUUUAAGGAACCAAGAUGAACCUCAGGUCCUUCAACAAGGCGGCACCAGUCCAGAAGAGCCACAUAGACCCACAGAGACCUUUGGACCUGGACCAGAGGACCAGCAGGACCCACCAGACCCGUGUCUCAGAACCAACCCGUCUGGGGUUAACAGGAAUCAGCAGAGCCUACAAAGUACCACUGGACCUUAGUCUGGUUCUGCUGAUCACCCCUGGCUUCAGACAGACUGGACUUCAGGAACAUCUCGGUGCCUGACCUUAGGUCGGAACCAGAGGUCCCCAACCCGGCCCUCCAUGUUUCUGCUGCAGCCCCUGGAGGAUAAAGGAGGUACUGCAGGUGUCCUGGAGCGGAGAACAUCUAAAGCAGGAUGGAGGGUUCCCGGCCAACUUGGGCACCUCUGGUUCACACUACGGUGUCCCUCAGGGCUCAGGCUUAGGUCCAAUUGUCUUAAUACUGCCGCUGGGUGACAUCAGCUCUAUGCUGAUCACACUCAGCUCUUUACUCCCCAGAUGACCUCUGACCCGCUGAUGGAGAUUUUACAUAUCGAGUCAAAUUUUCUUUGUUUUUAGGUUUCAGUCCCGGGUUGGAACUGAAACUCAGGACAAAGCAGCAGCGCUAACAACUGCGCCGCUGUGCAGCUCCAAUUCAUUCACUCACCUGUGAUGAGGUGAUGGUUGUGGUGGUUCUGGUUCCAGCAGCAGAGGAGGAAGAUCCAGCUGGACUGAUGAAGAGGAGGCAGUCUUCAUCGCUGCUGACUGCCAGCCAAUCACAGCGCAGCAGAGAGAGAGGGAGUGAGGAAGAGGAGGAAGGCUUUGGAUGCUGAAUCUUUUUAUAGAAGCAGAAAGUUAUUCAGCGGAGCUGGAAGCAGCUACAGGUGGAGGACGGAGGGACAGACGGGGUGGACAGAAUGGACAUGAGAGACAGGAAAUAAAGACAGAAGAGGAGGAAGAGGCAGAGAGGAAGCUCUGAAACUGUGAGUUUGACUCUUUCUUUCUCUACGUUUGUUGGUUCUACUGAAAUGUUAAAAUGUCGACUUUCAUUCAAUCAAAUCCAGGACCGGCUGGUCUGCAGCAGAACUUUAUGAAGUUCUGACCCGGCCAACCAUGUUAGAACCAGGAGGUCCAGACAGACAGAGGACUGUCUCCGCCUCAGGGUUACUGUUGUCUUUUAUGGAUUAUUGAAAAUGUUUUUAUCAUUUGUUCUUAUUUAUUAUCUUUAAGUUUUUAGUUCUACUGGCAAACGGCAAGAAACGUAACUCUGAUUCCUCGAACGUCUGAUGACGGACUCUGACUUUGAGAUGGCCGGCCCAGGUUCUGUUAGUUGGUCCAAACUGGGUCGUCACCAGAACAACGAUCCCAAGCACAAUAGAACAUGCUGAAGGACCAACUGCUGCAGGGGCCUAGUCAAAGUCCAGAUAUCAGCCUGGUUGAAAUGAAAGGACAUUCAGAAACCUCUGGAGUCGACCCGCUUCCAAAGCAGUGGGUCGGGGGGGUUGGUCUCUGAUUGGCCGGAGCUUUGGGUUCUGCUCUUUCCGUCUCUGCGGACUGAUUUUUAAUGUAAAUUCGUGUCAUGAUGGAGGCUUUUAUUGUGAAAGGAUGACCUCACUCAGCUCAGCUCCUCUUCAUCAGAUUACAGCAGAUGUGACAGAUGUGCUCCUAAUUUAUAUUAAUGAAAAGAUUAUGGAUUAUAAGCACACCUCAGUGCCAUGUGACCUCAUCAUAACCUGAUGACCUCAUUGCUUCAUUAUGUCACUUCCUGUUGCUCCACAUAUGAUCCAUAUCUGCCAUGAUGGUCCUGCUGAGGCUCCGCCCCCGCUGUCUUCCACGCUCUGAUUAGCAUGAUCACUUCACAUGGAGGGAACCGCCUUCACGCCUGUUGCUAUGGUUACCGACUCACCAUGUCAGAGGAAACGAAAAGAAGGCGCUGCAGCUCAUCUGAGCCCCCAGCGCCAGGUGGGCUGCGGCGCCUCCUAGUUACCGAGUUUCAUGAGACGAUCCUCGGUGGACCGGCUGGUCCGGGUCAGAGGUUCUGACCCAGACGACACCACGAGGCGGUCCAGCUCGGGCCAUCUUCCUUCAAACAUGUCUCAAGGUAUCCAGUCGCCUCAUGCUGGUUCCCAAAUGACUAUCGUUCUCUGGACUUUAACUAGGCCAUUCUAUUGUUAAUCUGCUGCUGUGUUUGGAUCACAGUUCUGUUGCUGACCCAGUUUGGACCGAGCCUCAGCUGAUGGACACUCAUUGACUUUUUCAGCUACUCCCGGCAUCCAGACUGGUUCAGGGUCAUGACCUCUGACCUGCUAACCUUCUGUGGGUGAAGCUUUGGGGUUUCUGGCCAUUCCUCUAAGCCAUUACUUUAGCUGGGUAUCAGUGAGAUGAAAGCUACAGGCCAACCCUAAGCCAGCUUCCCAUCAUGGAAAAUGUGACACCUGACAGCCCUGCAGGAGAGGCUCGCAUGAGGGACUACAACUACCUGGCCCUGGUUCUUGGUGUCCUGUUGAUCCUCAUCAUCAUCCUGGGAAAUGUCCUGGUGUGUCUGAGCGUGCUCACAGAGCGCUCUCUGAAGACCGCCACCAACUACUUCAUCAUCAGCUUGGCGGUGGCCGACCUGCUGCUGGCCGUGCUCGUGCUACCGCUCUACGUCUACUCUGAGUUCCUGGGAGGAACCUGGACUCUGAGCACCUCCAUCUGUGACGCUCUGAUGACCAUGGAUGUAAUGCUCUGCACUGCCUCCAUCUUGAACUUGUGUGCCAUCAGCGUAGACCGGUACAUCGCCGUCAUAGUGCCCCUAAAAUACAACAGAAACCAGUUCAGUGUUCGCCAACUGACUCUCAUCACCGCAACUUGGGUCCUAUCUCUAGGCGUGGCCAGUCCAGUCAUCUUUGGUCUGAACCAGGUGCCGGGUCGGGAUCCGACGGUCUGCAAGCUGGAGGACGAUCAUUUUGUGGUGUACUCAUCGGUCUGCUCCUUCUUCGUGCCUUGUCCAGUCAUGCUCUUUCUCUAUUACUGGAUGUUUCGUGGCCUGCGACGCUGGAGCAGUCGGAGCCGGUCCCAGGCCCGUCGGGUCGGCCGGAGAGGUCUCUCUUCUCAUCUGGCCUCGGCUCUACGUAGAGCUAGAGACACAACUGGUACCCAGGAGAACGUUGUUUACACAGUGCCUCCUAUAAGCCCCACCUCUCCAUCCACAUUCUCCAUGGCAACGCCAUGUGCGACUCUGCUGACAGAGGAAAACCAGCAUGGGGCAGUGAUGGCAGCUGAUAGCGACCUGAUGACCACUCAGACGGACAGUGUGUCAGACGGCGAGCCCACCGGGAGGUGGGAGGGAAACGGCUGCAGAGAGAACGCCACUAAGAGAGGACCAGGGACCAGCAAGACCAGCCGGGUCAGUGGGAGGGAGCGCAAGGCCAUGAAGGUUCUGCCGGUCGUUGUUGGCGUGUUCCUGGCCUGCUGGACGCCCUUCUUCACCGUCCAUGUCACCAAGGUGUUAUGCCAUUCCUGUGAUAUCGGCCCCACCCUUAUUUCUGUGGUCACAUGGCUAGGUUAUGUCAACAGUGCUGUUAACCCAAUAAUCUACACAAUCUUCAAUGCAGAGUUCAGGAACGUCUUUUACAGGCUGCUCUGCUGCAGGACUUGAUGCUUUAAGCGUCGACUAUGAACUCAAAUGUUCUCCAGAACAUCCAGAAGUCAUCUGCUUAGAGUCUGAAUCCUCUGAAGUCAAACAGUGUCUUCUUUUAGAGUAUUGGUGUGUUUCUUAGAGCGCCCAGAGGAUCAGAUAUUGGACAGACGUUCCCAGGUAUCUGGGUGGUUCCAUGUUUUAACGCUGUUCCAGAACAAGGUGGACAUUUUUGAGGCUGCAGAGACAAACAGAAAUAUGAAUGUUUGAUGAAAGUUUUGUAACUUGCAGCUGUUGAAUCUGUGAAAUGGGCAUGAUGGGAUGUAACUGAAACUGAUGUUCUCCUUCUGGACAACAAACAAUAAAGAAGCGAAGAACAAAA